UUAUGCUGUGGCGUACCGUCAUGGCUGCUAUGGUCAACUGUUAUCUGGAUUAAGCAGCGUUAAAAAAGAAUUCACCUGUGAGAUAUGUGGACCAACCAAGCAUGGGCGUCAGGGAACGUACCUGGUGCUCCUGCUGGUGAGGCGACAUUGAGUGUGCUGGAGCAGCAAGCACAACAGUAUGCAGCAUACCAGCAUCAGCAGGGGCAGCAAUGGCCAUCACACACUUCUACUUCAAACCCAUGGAUAUGGGGCCAGACGGGGGUUUAUGGUAUGUAUGGCAUGUAUGGCAAUACCUCUGGGGUAAUGCCAAUGAUGUCUGUACCUCCACCUACUGUUGCUUCUGUGCACCAGGAUACAAGUGUUCCACCACCAAACAUACCUGCCCCAGGUGCUGCCAAUACCAGUGAACCUCCGCCAAGUACAACAUCCACUAGCACUCCUUCCGCCACUGCUACCACCACCACUACAACUACCAGUUCUACUACCCCAGGUGGGGCCUCUACAGAUGUGGCCCCCCCUGAGGCUCCCCCUCCUAGUGCCCCUCCCCCACCCGAUGAUCCUCCACCACCCCCACCUCCUGAGGAAGAGGAAGAACAAAAGACAGACAAAUCUAAAGUGGGAUCUUCAAAUUUAGGAGGGGAUGGUUUACUGGGAGCACAUCCUAACUCAGCUAAAGAUUUACAGGAUUCAAAAGUGAAAGCACAAGACCCAGCUCAAGAUAAGUCAGUUGUAGAACAGUCUCCUGGGUUGUCUGGUGAGUCUCCUGGAGUGAAAGAACAGCCACAAGGGUUGAUGGGACAAGCACCUCCAAAGGAUAACUUGGCACAUGGUAGAGGGUGGAAUGACCCUGGAGCACAGAACCGGCAAAAUUUUGAUUCAAAUCAGCAUAUGAAUCGGACAGGGGGAGAUUGGGGGAAUCCAUGGGGUAACACUCAACAUGGAGUUGGCCAAACUUCCUCUAGCUGGACCUCUAGUGGUGUGCAAGGCAGAGGUGGACCCUCAGGUCCAUGGAAUGAAGGUAACCAACCUUGGGGAAACUACUUGGAUUCCAGCAGUCGGGCAGAUGCUUCAAGGGAUCCUUACAAUCGAGGACAGAAUGUCAAAGGCCAGGGAAGUGGUGGUUAUGGAGGCAAUCAUGCUGGAUCUCAAGAGAGGGGAGGAUAUAACUCUGCGCCAGAUCAUGGACGAGAAAAAGCAUAUGGACAGGAGAAUAGUUUAGUCUCCAAGAACUUGGAUAUUUUAGCCAAGUUUGAUGAAAAGAGUGAUGAAGACUUAAAGGAAUUUGACAGACAAUUUGUCAAUUGGGAGAAGCAGUUUAAGCAGUGGCAAGAUGAGAACAAGACUCAUCCAGACAAAUCAGCCCUCAGGAAGUAUGAAGAGGAUUGGUCUAGAUGGCGAGCUGAACUCCUGGCAAAAAGAGAAGAUAUUCGUAAAACAAAAUUGGAGCAGUUUGUAAAAACACAGCAGGUCCAAAACAAAGGAGAUGCUGCAGACACAGGCAGUAACUCCACAUCAUCUGUUACCUCUACCACUGCUGCAACCACUACCACCUCCACAACUUCUGCUGCCUCCACCACAACUGCCACGAUUCCUGUAGAUCAGCCUCCUCCUGGUGAUAACCAAAAGAAGCCUGUGGGGCUGAGUGAUUUGAAAAACAUGAAUCAGAGAGAACAAGGUGACUGGUCAAAACAGACCCAGAGUGAACAUGACAACAACUGGCAGGGCAGCAAUUGGCCAUGGUCUCAAGAUAAAGGACAAAGCAGUGGUGGACAAGCAGACAGUGGAAGACCUGAUCAGGCAAGAGGAAGAGAUUUCAAUCCAGUACAGGGUAUAGGUGGAUUUGGGCAAGAUCAAAGUCGUGGAGGAUUUGGACUAGAUCAAUGCCCACCAGGAUUUGGACAGAAUCAAGGCCCACCGGGAUUUGGACAGAAUCAAGGUCGACCAGGGUUUGGACAGAAUCAAGGCCCACCAGGAUUUGGACAAAAUCAAGGCCGACCAGGGUUUGGACAGAAUCAAGGCCCGCCAGGGUUUGGACAGAAUCAAGGCCCGCCAGGGUUUGGACAAAACCAAGGCCAACCUGGAUUUGGUCAAAAUAAAGGACAACCUGGAUUUGGACAGGAUCAAGUCCGACCUGGAUUUGGACAAAAUCAAGGCCGACCUGGAUUUGGACAGGAUCAAGGCCGACCAGGAUUUGGACAGGAUCAAGGCCGACCAGGAUUUGGAAAUGUAAAGGAUCAAGGUCGACCAGGAUUUGGACAGGAACAAAGCCGACCAGGAUUUGGGCAGGAUCAAGGCCUACCAGGAUUUGGACAGGAACAAGUUCGACCAGGAUUUGGACAGGAACAAGGACGAUUAGGAUUUGGACAAGAUCGAGGCCGACCAGGAUUUGGUCAGGAUGAAGCCCAACCUGGAUUUGGACAGGAUAAAGGCCGACCAGGAUUUGGACAGAAUCAAGGCCGACCUGGGUUCGGACUGGAUCAAGGCCGACCUGGAUUUGGACAGGAUCAAGGUCGACCAGGAUUUGGACAGAAUCAAGACCGACCAGGGUUUGGACAGGAUCAAGGCCGACCUGGAUUUGGACAGGAUCAAGGCCGGCCUGGAUUUGGAAUGGAUAAAAACAGACCAGGAUUUGGACAGGAUCAAGGCCGACUUGGAUUUGGACAGGAUAAAGGCCAGCCAUUACUUGGACAGGAUAAAGGCCAGCCAUUACUUGGACAGGAUAAAGGCCAACCAUUACUUGGACAGGAUAAAGGCCAACCAUUACUUGGACAGGAUAAAGGCCAACCAUUACUUGGACAGGAUAAAGGCCAACCAGGACUUGGACAGGAUCAAGGCCAACCAGGACUUGGACAGGAUAAAGACCAACCAGGACUCGGACAGGAUCAAGGUCGACCAGGAUUUGGACAGGAUAAAGGCCAACCAGGACUUGGCCAGGAUCAAGGCCGACCAGGAUUUGGACAGGAUAAAAACCAACCAGGACUUGGCCAUGAUCUAGGUCGACCAGGAUUUGGACAGGAUCAAGGUCUUGGAGGAUUUAGACAGGGUCAAGGUCGAGGAAGAUUUGGACAAGAUCAGAGUCGAGGAGGAUUUGGUCAAGAUCAAGGUCGACCUGGAUUUCAAGGUCGAUCAGGGUUUGGUCAGAUUCAGGAGCGUGGAGGAUUCACAUCAGAUCAAACCCAAAGAAAUUUAAACAAGGGAGAGAGCCGAUGGGGUUUGGACCAAGGACUAGACCGGGGUGGUUUCAGUCGAGGGACAGAGCAAGGUGGUUUCGGCCAGGAAAGAGGGUUAAAUCAAGGAGAGGACCGUGGUAAUUUGAACCGAGACUGGAGAGGAUUUAGUGAAAGGCAAGGUCGAGGCAGCUUUAACAAUGACCGAGGAGGUUUCAACCAAGGACUAGGACGUGGUGGAUUCAAUCAAGGACAAUCUCAGAGUGGUUUUAAUCAAGAUCGAGGAGGUUUCAACCAAGGACAAGGUCGUGGUGUCUUCAACCAGGAUCUAGGCAAUUCAAACCAGGGACAGGGUCGUGGUGGCAACAAUCAAGAUCGAGGUUUCAAUCAAGAUAGUCGAGGUGGUUUCAACCGAGAUAGAGGAGGCUUUAACCAGGGACGAGGGCGUGGUGACUCCAUAAAAGGACAGGACCGUUGGGGUUUUAAUCAAGGUCUAGACUCUCAGGAUGUUAACCAAGAUCGAAACAGAGACACAUUCAGUCAAGGAUUGGUGCAAGGGGGAUCUAUGCGAGGGUUCAAUAAUUUCAACCAAGGUAGAGGAGAACUUGCUGGAGGUAGAGGAGAACUUGCUGGAGGUAGAGGAGAACUUGCUGGAGGUAGAGGAGAACUUGCUGGAGGUAGAGGAGAACUUGCUGGAGGUAGAGGAGAACUUGCUGGAGGUAGAGGAGAACUUGCUGGAGGUAGAGGAGAACUUGUUGGAGGUAGAGGAGAACUUGCUGGAGGUAGAGGAAGAGGAUCAGUCAAUCAGAGAGAAUCUGAUCGAGGGAACCAGAGAGAAGGUGGUAGAGGUGGAUUUUCUCAUGAACAAGGAAGAGGUAUGUCAAGAGAGUUCGAUCGAUUUGGCCGUGGCCGUGAAAGAUUUGAUCCAUCUGGUCAGGGAUCUACUCCAGGACAAGGACGCAAUUUCAGAAAUCUAUCACAAGGUCCAGAAGGACAGGAUAAUGACAAAAAAAGUCUGGGAAUGCCAGAUAAAGACGAACAAAAUGUAUGUGACAAAGACGAACGUGUACAGGGAGGAUUAGAUAAAGAUGAGAGAAACACAGGAAUGAAUGAAAGAGGAAAAUCAAUUGAUAAGGAGAUAAGAGGGUUUCUUGAGCAAGGAAAUCUUAAUAGAGGAGGUUUUAGUCAAAGAGGUCAAGGACGAGGUGCAUUUGACAAUAAGGAAUUUGGUGAAGAAAGACUUGAUCAGAGUGGACUGGAAUUAGAAAAAGGGAUGCAAGAUCAAGAUGACAGAGUUUCAGGGGCGCUUGAUCAAGGUAGAUGGAAUCAAGGAGGUUUUGACCCAAGUGGCCGAGGUAGAGGUGGUUUUGAUCGAAGUGGUAGGGGUAGAGGAGGCUUUGACCAAAGUGGCCGGGGUCGAGGAGGCUUUGACCAAAGUUGUCAGGGUAGAGGAGGCUUCGAUCCAAGUGGACGUGGUCGAGGAAGUAAUGACUUGAGUGGACGAGGUCGAGGAAAUAAUGACUCGAGUGGUAGUGGUCGAGGAGGCACUGAUUCAGGUGGUCGGGGUCGAGGAAAUAAUGACUCACGUGGUCGGGGUCGAGGAGGCACCGAUUCAAGUGGAUGGGCUCAAGGAAAUAUUGACUCGAGUGGUCGGGGUCGAGGAGGCACUGAUUCAAGUGGAUGGGGUCGAGGAAAUAAUGACUCAAGUGGUCGGGGUCGAGGAAGCACCGAUUCAAGUGGAUGGGGUCUAGGAAAUAAUGACUCAAGUGGUCGGGGUCGAGGAGGCACUGAUUCAAGUGGAUGGGGUCGAGGAAAUAAUGACUCAAGUGGUCGGGGUCGAGGAGGCACCGAUUCAAGUGGAUGGGGUCGAGGAAGCAAUGACUCAAGCGGGCGAGGUCGAGGGGAUUUUGAUCCAUAUAGACAGGGUCGAGGAGGCCGUGACUCAAGUGGGUGGGGCCGAGGAGGCUUUAACCAAAGUGAACAAGAUCGUGGGGUAAACAAUUUUAACAGCUUCAGUCGUGGUGGCAUUGAUGAAGUUGGCCGAGGUGAAAAUGAUCAAGCUGGCAGGAGAGGCCGAGGCGGAAGUGAUCAAGGCAUUAGAGGCCGAGGCGGUCACGAUGGCAGAGGUCGAGGUAGAGGUGGGCAAGAUGGCCGAGGUCGAGACGGACGCGAUAGUGAUGGAUUUAAUGAGAGAAGACCAGGAGAUUGGCAAGAAGAUGGCAAGAGAAAGUUUGAUGUAAUGCAAGACGACAUGGACUGGAGGACAAAUAAUGACAGAUGGGGUGGACGAGGCAGAGGCAGUGAGCGGGGCCGUGGAGGUUUUGGCUCAUCUGAUCGUGGCAGAGGUAGAGGACGAGGUGGUGGCCGGGGCUUUGACUGGAUGGACAACUGUGAGAAUAAUCGUAACAGGAGUGAAGGAGCACCUGGUUGGAAUAGAGAUGACAGACAGAGAGCACAAGAUCAGCAAGGUUUUGGGGUGGGUGUUCAAGGAUCUGCUGGGAUUCCUGGGUUGGAUCUCACUGAGGAACCACCAAAGGAUGAGAAAGGAAAAGAAAAAAGUAAAGAGACGAAGGAUCCAGGUACAAAGACUGUGUUCCAUGACCAGGAGGAUGAAAAGAUUGAUGUUAAACUUGGAGCCGUGCCACUGAAGAUUGGACCAAUAGGGGUACCCCCACAAAAGCAUGAAAAAUUUACACUUCCAGGAGAUUGGUAUGACGAUGAGGAAGAUAGUGAACGUAAAGAAGCUGAGGGUGAAGAGGGAGGGGUUAAAACUGAAGAAGGAAAAACAGACAGCUCCCAGCUGAAUGAAAAGCCUGGGGAUAUUAAUGAAGCCCAAAAGCCAGGUCUUGGAAGACAACCAAAGCAAGAUUUACAGGGUACACCAAGGUUUGAUGCUGAGAAUCCACCAAGACCAGGUUUUAGUGGUCCACCAAGGCCAGAUUUUGGGGGUCCACCAAGGCCAGAUUUUGGGGGUCCACCAAGGCCAGGUUUCAAUGGUCCACCCAGAUCAGAUUUUGGUGGUCCUCCACGACAAGGAUUUGGUGAUUCUGAUCGACCAGAUUAUGGAGGCCCACCAAGACGAAGUUUUGGCGAUCCACAGAGACCUGAGUUUGGAGAAUCAGUGAGAGAUGACUUUGGACACCAUGGGGGUGAUACACAGACUGGGCCAAGGUGGCAGGAUGCUAAAAGAGAUAGACAGUCACAUGACAGAGACAACUGGGAUGCGGACCGUGGACGCCUGUCUUCGUCUUAUGGCCUCUCAGAGAGUUUUGCUCAUGAAAUGGCAAGGUUUAAUGAUGAACAGAGACGUGACCGAUUUGGAUUUGAUUCACAAUAUCCAGAUGACCGCAGAGGUACUCUCUGGGACUACCCACGAGAUGAUCCUCGUUACUCUGAAAGACGCACGGACGGUCAAUAUGGCGAUGAAUGGUACGGCGAUGAUUAUUACCGACAGCGAUGGGAUUAUUACAACAACAGAAGGGGAGACGAUCAUUAUAAGUGGGACGAACGUUAUUAUGGCGAUGAGUACAACAGGACUUCAAGGGAUCACUUAGACCGGAUGGGUUAUGACAGAGAUCCAUAUGGCCGAGAUCCUUAUUACCAAGAUGCUUAUUCCUCCAGGAGUUCAUACGACAGGAAUGAUCCAGACUACAACAUGGACUCUCGUGAUCGUUACGAGAGGGACAGGAGAGAUCCUUAUGGCCGAGGGUCUGAGGAACCACACAGCCGGGAACCUUAUGACCAGAACAAGCCGUCAGUGGAUCAGCCAGCAGUUGUUGAUUAUGCACAUGGUGGAAAUACUUCGGGUAUGAAGCCGUUUCCAAACUCUAGUUCACCAUUUAACUCCCAGAUGCAGGGGCAUGACACCCAUGACCAGACAAGUAGAGACCGUAAUCAUAGAAUGGGCCGAGAAGAUUUACGUGGACCUCCUCCAUCAGCACUUGAGCACAGACCAGGCUGGCAAUCAAGGCCAGCUGGCAAUCAAGAGAGAGACCGCUCACCAUUGAGGCCAAUGCCAUCUUCCAGACUGGGACCAAUGACAGCCCCCUCCAGAGAUACUCCUGAGCCUCCUACCCCACUCAUACCUGAGGAACCAGAGGUACCCGGGGAGGUUGUUACCAUCGAUGAUUUAGUCUCCACUCCAGGACGAUUCAUGCGCCCCCCAAAAAUAGCCAUAGUCCUGCGUGGACCACCUGGCUCAGGCAAGACCACCAUGGCCAAGAUGAUAAAAGAUUGCGAAGUAGAGAAUGGAGGCAGUCCACCACGCAUCCUGACUCUUGAUGAUUAUUUCAUGGUGGAAACAGAGAAGAUGACCCUUGACACAGACACAGGAAGGAAAGUUAAGACUAAGAUUAUGGAGUACGAAUAUGAAGCAGAACUAGAGGAAAGCUACCGUUCAUCUCUGGUGAAGUCCUUCAAGAAACAAGUAGAUGAUGGCUUCUUCCCCUUCAUCAUCGUGGAUUGUGUGAAUAAUAAAAUUAGUCAUUUCUCUGAGAUUGUCAGCUACUCUAAAAAACAAGGAUUUGUGGUGUAUAUUGGAGAGUUGGAGGCAGAUCAAAGUGUAUGUCUUCAGCGCAACACACACAAUCACCCAGGGGAGCAUAUAGAGCGCAUCAUAGCAUCUUGGGAGAAUACCCCCAUAAGCUACACUAAGGUUGACCUGACACCACUUGUCCAGGAUGCUGCUAUUGACGAGGUGGAAAUGGAAGACAUGGUGGAGAUAACACCAGGAACUGAAGACAAAAUGUGCAAAGGUGAAGAAGAAGGCGAGGGGGGAGAGAGGGAAACUUUCCUUAAGGUUUAUAAUGAAUUUAUUCGGAGCAAAUGGGAUACCCUGGAAAGCCAAGAGGACAGACUGGACAAGCUCGACGGUGUGAAAGCUGCCAAGAAAAAGAUGAGUUGUGGGAAACCCAAGUCAAUUGAAGAUUGGCUCCAGCUGUCUGAUGAUUACGAUACCAAGGUAGCACAGCCAGGAAAGAAACGGGUACGUUGGGCUGAUGUUGAAGAAGGCAAGAAACAAACAGCAGCUCGAGAACGAGGAUUUGUUUUAGGCCAGACGGAUUGGAGGCGCAUGACUGACUUGUCAUAUGGUAGCAGCGCUCUGGUUCAGAUACGCUACAUAGAGGGACGUGAGAAUAAGUGAAUGUCUUAUUGUCAUUGGUGUUACUAUUGCAAAAUAGUCUUAUUGUAGUUAGUAAGUUUGAUAUGACCAAUUCUCAGUUCUGUGGGAUAUCUCUAAUAAUAACACUUGAAUAGUAUGUGAGACUAAACUUGUAGGAAGUUCCUGCAAUGGGAAGAAUCUGUGAAAUUCUGAAUACAUUUGUUGCAAAUUUUAUUCAUGCUUAAUGUUGAUCAGAAUGCAACAGAUGCUAGGAUUUUUGUAGUCUUAAGUAUUAAGUGUUUAAAGCUGAUAAAAUUAGUUUUGUCAGUACUAUAUUCAGCAUACUCAGAUUUUAAGUUAAAAUUUUAGCAUUUCAAGAAAUGAAUCCUUCCAAGGACAAUUUUAAUUUUGUGGUAGUCUUAUCAUUUUAUAUGGUUUAAUGUUUUUGUUCCUGUGUAAUAAAAGUAUCCUCUUCCAA